GGAAGCGAAAGUACUAGUCGAGAAGUUUUCAAGGGAGGUAACUCUAAUUUGUUUACGCAUUCAGAGGGCGAAUAUUAUGUAUGACGAGUGCUGACACAACAAUAUGUCGGAAGCUGGUAUCAGUAGCGUGAUGGGAGUGUACUCCUCUCUCAGCCAGGCAGUGACGUGGAGCUCAGUUCUGGUCUAUGGAAUCAUAUUCGGCCUGUCGUAUGGGUUCUACAAGGUCAUCCUGAGGCCAUAUCUAACCCCACUCCGAAAGAUACCAGGACGACCGAUCGGCAACAUUUUCCUUGGAAAUUUACGAGAGAUAUUUGGUGGUGAAAGCAUUGAUGUCUAUGUCAAAUGGGUGAAGGAGAUGAAGACAGGCAUGAUCAGGUACAACCAUAUUCUGGGCCAGCAGAGAUUGCUGGUGGCAGAGGCUGAUGCCAUGAAGCACAUAAUGGUCACUCACAGCAAGAACUAUGUCAAGCCAACGUUCCUCUUCAGGCUGUUCACAAGAGUCACAGGUGAUGGUUUGAUCAGCUUGAAUGGUGAACAGCAUCUGACUCAGAGAAAACUUUGCCUUGGAGCAUUCAAGAGUUCAUUUCUAAAAAACAUGAUUCCGGCCAUACAGAAACAUGGCGAGGAGCUGGUGGACUUCUGGGCCCAGAAGUUGACGGAAAACGAAGAUACAGAUCUGGAUGUUGGUGAUGACAUGAGUAGAAUGACAAUGGACAUCAUCUCAGAGUGCGGGUUUGGAUACAACACUGAGGCACUUCAUAAACCAGAGCAGAAGGGAUGCCGGGCCUUUACAGACCUGUUAUAUGGCUUCAAACCCAAUAUUAUGCGGGUGUUUUUCCCAUGGUUAAACAGCCACCUGCCAUCUGAAGAAAACAGAAAGUUUGCCAGGAAUCUGUCUGUGACGAACAAGAUGAUCCACGACGUCAUUAGCAACAAGCAGAAAGCCUUAGAGGAGUGCACAGAUGAGAGUAAACUCUCGGACCUUCUUAGCAUGCUGCUGCUGGCACGGGAUACAGAGUCAGGGGAAGGGUUGUCACGGCAACAGCUGAGAGAUCAUGUGAUGACCUUCAUGUUAUCAGGUCAUGAGACGACAGCAACUUCAAUGACAUGGUGCCUCCUGAAACUGUCUCAAUGUGCCGAGAUUCAGAAACGGCUUUGUGAUGAAGUCACUGCAAUCUUGCCCCCAAAAGGUCAACCAAUCACCAUAGAACACCUGGAGAAGAUGCCAUAUUUGGCGUGUGUUGUCAAGGAAACGUUGCGGUUGUACCCAGCUGCACCUAUGACAUUCCGGACUGCUGUAAAUGAUGAUGUCCUGAACGGUUACUUCAUCCCCGCUGGCACCAUCAUCAACAUCCAAGUGGGAGCCUUGCACAGGAACCCGGCCUACUGGACAGAUCCCGAAGAGUUCAAACCAGAACGUUUCAUGGAUGACAGUAAGGUCCAUCCGUAUUCCUGGCUGCCCUUUGUGGCUGGCCCCAGGAUGUGCAUUGGCUACAAGUUUGCCCUGAUGGAGAUGAAGGUAAUUCUGGCAAUCCUGUUCCGAGAGUUUGACCAUAAACUCUCAAACCCAGACCAGAUUUACAAGAAGCGACAAAGAAUCACUAUGAGACCAGAUCCUGCACCUAAAUUGAAGGCAAAGGUUUUGAACUAGCAAAGUUUUCCACCAGGUCCUGAUGGCAAAUGUUUUGAACUGUUGAGUGUUCCACAAGGUCCUUUGAAAAGUGUUCCAGUGUUCAAAAAGGUCCUUCAAGGGAGAGAUGAUGAACUGAAAGAAUGUUUCAGUAUUCUACAAUGUGCAUGAAGGCAGGGUGUUCAACUUCAAGGACCUUAUUGAACAGUUAAAGUGUUUUACACCUUGAAGGCAAGGGUGUUGAUUUAUUCUUAAAAGAAUUAUUAUGAAUCAGAUACAAUACUCAGUGCCUUCUUGCCACAUUGAAAACUUAUAACUUGAGAGAGAUACUUACAACACAGUACAUAUUACCUUGGUAUUGUUAGCAAAUUCUUAGUAAGCAAGAUUAACAUACAUGACCUUGACACCAAGGGACACAACUCAUGUUUACAGACCUCUAGUCUAACAUGUUUGCUAAUGUUGGAAAGACUUAUUGUCAUCAUCCUUUAAACAAAUGGGUAACUCGUUCUAAAGUAGUAGUAUUUUAGUGCAUUCCAUCUGUUGAAUACAUGUAUAUUAUCUCUGUGUAAUUGGGCCCCAGUUCAGUAGCAAGUGUUCCCAAAUCUGAAUUACAGUAAAAUCUUUACUGUGAUCACUAAUUGUUGGAUAGCUGCAUGAUUACAUACAAAGUCAUGAUAACAAGGUUGUCACUAGCUCACUUCAUGAUACCCAUGAAAAUAUAUAUACUUAGAUCCAAUGAUGUACCUGUCAUUAGGGAAAUAUCUAUUUAGAUCCAAUGAUGAACCUGUCAUUAGGGAAAUAUCUCCUUAGAUCCAAUGAUGAACCUGUCAUUAGGGAAAUAUCUACUUAGAUCCAAUGAUGUACCUGUCAUGAGGGAAAUAUCUACUUAGAUCCAAUGAUGAACCUGUCAUGAGGGAAAUAUCUACUUAGAUCAAAUGAUGAACCUGUCAUUAGGGAAAUAUCUACUUAGACCCAAUGUUGAACCUGUCAUUAGGGAAAUAUCUACUUAGACCCAAUGAUGAACCUGUCUUUAGGGAAAUAUCUACUUAGACCCAAUGUUGAACCUGUCAUUAGGGAGAUAUCUACUUAGAUCCAAUGAUGAACCUGUCAUCAGGGAAAUAUCUACUUAGAUCCAAUGAUGAACCUGUCAUUAGGGAAAUAUCUACUUAGAUCCAAUGAUGAACCUGUCAUUAGGGAGAUAUCUGCUUAGAUCCAAUGAUGAACCUGUCAUCAGGGAAAUAUCUACUAAGAUCCAGGGAAAUAACUGCUUCAAGCCCGUUUUCAGGGAAAUAAUCCCUUAUAUCAUGAUGAGCAUUGAGCAUGAGUACACCUUAGGUGAAUAUAAAAUAGAUGGUGAACAAUAGCCAGUCAUCAGGGAAAUGUCUCCUUAGAUCCUAUGAUGAGCAUGAACACAUCAUCAGGUCUACAAGUUGUAUGUCCAGGAAACAUUGGAUCAAUGCUGAAACAUUCCCACAAUCAAACAAGCCAUAUAACUUGAUUAAACAUAUUUUAUACAAUUAUUGACUUCUAGUGAGGUUGAUCCAAUGAUUUAUUGACCUUGGACAUGUCAUAUUCACCGAGGCGAAUAUCACAUGUCCAAGGUUGAUAAAUCAUUGGAUCAACCGAAAAGUACUGAAUACUUGUUCUUCUGUGACAUAGGAGAGACUCAAUAUAAGCUGGAAUAGGCUUGCAGCUUUCAGAGGCAGUAUUAGUAAAUGAAAGCAUUUUCUUUAAAAUUCAACUUGUUUAUUAUCACAAUCUUUUAGAUAUCUUUCAACAGUCAAUAACAUUUCACCAUCUUUAAAACAUCACAGUUCAAAUAUUUCAAGUCUCAAUUUCAGCAGUGCGGAGUUCACAGCUGGAAUUUCCCAAAUCUAUUUUUAGCCACAGGAGGUGCUUGGAUUGUUAUAUCAACCUCUCGCAACGUGGCGAGGUUGACAUCGCUUAGCGUCACAGCUGUCAUGUGACCAAGUGGGCCAAUCAGUAGGGCGGAAAUAUACCCGUCAUAUAAUAAUAUGAAAUAUACAUCUUGAUAAAUAUACAGAGAAAUAUAAACAUUAUUCAUGAUCUAUAGAGCACAUAUGACAACAAAUAUAACACAAGCCUAGCCACAUCAAGAAAUAUGUCUGUUUGAAGAGCUAGAACUAAUUAUCAUGUGUUCACUAGUUGAUGCACCAAUUUACUGUUUUUGUACUUGCUCUUUGAUUGCUGCUAUGUAUCAUAGGGUUUCACUACGUUCUUGGGCUAAAGGAUCAUUCCAAAUUAAGAAAGAAUGAAUAAUGAUUUUGGUACCAAAAAAUGUCAACAAAUGUACUCAUGCUUUGUGUGUUUAGUUUUCUCUUUUAAUGCUUAUAUAACAAAAUUAUCUCAAUCUCAGGAAUGUGAUUUGAAUUUAAUACAAACAAUGUUAUUAUGCAAGAUGGUUUGAAAUUGCAUCUUCUAAAAUAUAUCGAUGGAUGAUGAUGAUGAUGAUGAUGAUGAUGAUGAUGACAAUAUACAGAUUAUAAUGUACUAUGCUGAAAACGAUUUUGAUAUGUGUUCACAUACAAGUUAAAUGUUCUUUAGUGAAAUGACUGUUGACAGUUUUUACAAUAUUUAAGGAAAUCAUUGUACCCCAUUUAACACAUUAUAUAUAUAAACUGUAUUUGUUAUGUUAGUGUCUUUUCGGGUAACAUUCUACACAUUUCAUACUUUUGUAGUUGUUAUUGAAGAACAUUUAGAUGUUUAAUUUCAAGUAUAUUUUUAUGUCUAUGUGAGUAAAACAAUUACAUAUU